CGUCGCUUUCUCUCUCGCAUCCGCCACCACCUCCUCCAACGGAUCUCCAUCGCCGCCAUGAGACUCGCCCUCGUCAGCAGUGUCCUUGCCCUCGCCUCCUUCUGCUCGGCCGCCGCCGUGUCCACCCCCGUGCCCAAGCAGGACUUUGCCGCCUACAUCCCCAACUGGACCGACCGCGACUACACCAGCAUCAACUUCAGCAACAUCAACCAGGUCAUCUACGCCUUCUUCCAAGUUGCCUCCAACGGCACCGUCCUCUCCACCGACUCCAGCGCCGAUGCCAACCUCAUCCCUGUGCUGAACGGCCAGCUCCGCAAGAAAUACGGCUUCAAGACUCUUGCUUCGAUUGGAGGCUGGACCGCAUCCACCUACUUUUCCAAUGCCUUCAACGAUACCAACCGCCAGGCCUUUGUCAACUCGGCCUACGACGUUCUCAUCAAGCAGCUUGGCUUUGACGGCAUCGACAUUGAUUGGGAAUAUCCCAACAACUACGGUGCUGGCUGCAACGUCAUCAGCCCCGACGACUACUCCAACUUCAACAAGACCCUCGUUCUGCUGCGCCAGAAGAUUGGAAGCAGCCACCCCAUCACCGCUGCCAUCGGCGCCACCGCUUCCACCUAUUCCGAUGGCUCCGGCAAGAACUGGAUUCCCGUCUACGCCAACACUCUCGACAAGAUCAACAUUAUGACCUACGACUACAACGGCAACUGGAACCCCUACACCGACUACAACACUCCGCUCUACAGCGAUGCCAGCAGCCCCAACGGCGACGUCUCCAUCAACCAGACCGUGACCACUUUUGUCAAGCAGCUCGGCAUCCCCGCCAGCAAGCUCCGUCUGGGCCUCGAAUUCAACGGCCACUCGAUCGCCCUCGGUGCUCCUGUCAAGGGCGACGGCGUCUUCCAGCUCUGCCUCCCCCAAGUUGAUCCCAACAACCCGCAGGCGUGCCCUCCCAUCCAGGGCGACAAGUACGACACUCCUGCCCCUGACCCAUGCACCGGCGUCCCCACUGUCUCGGGCGACUGGUCCUACCGUGGCCUUCGCGAGCAGGGUGUCUUGGUGUCCAAGUCCAAGGCUCAGAAGCCCUGGGUCCGCACCUGGCACGGCGGCAAGAUCCAGGCCCCCACCCUCGUCAACACCAACACCAGCGUUUUCAUCACCUACGACGACACCAAGUCGAUCCAGCAGAAGGUCAAGUUUGCUAAGCAGUGGAACCUCGGUGUCUUUGCCUGGGAACUCAGCGAGGACUACUACGACGCCGCUGCCGGCAUCCACGGCGAGCUCAUCACCGCCGCCGUGGCCGAGUUCCGCAAGUGAAUCCCUUGAUGGAUGGUAUCUGCGCAGGGUCAGCUUCGCGCACCCUCCUCUUUGACCCAGUCUCGACUGCUCUUGACAACGUGUAAUCCAGCCAAACCUCGUCCGCUCCCCCCCCUCCACCACCACCAUCCCUGGCUGUUCUGUCCUCAUUGUCUAUGUAUCCUCUGAAAGUAUUGGUUGCACUUGCUGCCCUAAUGGAGCUAGAAAUACAGCCCCUGCAAAGUCAACAGAAUGAAG